GGCACAAUGGUUUCACAAUCUCUGUAAUUUACUUGCUCUGCGUUAUUAUGACGGACUAUGACGCUCGAGAAUGCAGUACUCUAGGUGUCUGUCCGAUGCCUGUAUAAAAUACCUUUUGAAGGGAUUUGGGAACGGUCAAUCAAAAUCUGAAACCUAUCGUAAAAGAUUUUUGAAUCUCUGUUGAGGUCGGUAAUUGGAGAGUACAAUGAGUGUGGAAGUGGAGAGGAAAUUUGUCUGCGAACCUGGCAUUCAGAAACAGUUGGAAGAGAUGGCGGUGUGUAUUGGUCAGAAACAAUUCAAAGACCAGUAUUUUGACACCCCAGAUUUCCACCUCACCUUGAGAGAUAUCUGGCUACGUUGUCGCCAGGGGAGUUGGGAACUCAAAUGCCCUACAGAUACCAAGGGAGGAGACGGAGGCAGAGAUUCUCAGACGGCAGAACUUUGUUCACGCUAUAAAGAGAUAUCCAAUCUCCCCCAAAUUCAAUUGAAAGUGAGAGAGGUUGUGAAAGCGGGCAAUGGGGACCAAAAGACUGAACGAAGCCAUGCCGACCAGACGUACCCAGUGGACAAUCAAGAUAGACCCAUUACAAAAGGUGCAGAGAGUUUCCCCACAAACAAAGAUUCCUGGCUGGUGGAACUGAGUCUGGUUUGCUUUGCAGAGUUUACCACACAGAGGUGUUCAUUCACUUUUGAGGGGGCAGGAGAAGAGAGUGGAGUGCGCGUGGACCUUGACCAAGCCGACUUUGGCUAUUGUGUUGGAGAGAUAGAGGUUAUUGUGCCAGAGGGAGAAGAAAUUCACACAGCACUAAUGAAGAUUGAAAAGACAGCACUUAGACUAGGUCUAUCUGGCAAUCAGCGGGUUCAAGGAAAAAUGGAUGUCUAUCUGCAAAGACACUGCCCAGAGCAUUAUAAAAAAUUAUUAAGUGCACACAUAUUGUAACAAGUACACAUAUGUGUAUUGUGAGAAAUAUUAGCUUGUCAAUGUCAUAUUCAAAUCCUUUGUUUUAGUUUGUCAUGUCUUUGACUGGAUCUAAUUAAAGAUAUCUUAUAAGAUCAAAACAAUUUAAUUACUAGAAUGAGUUUUCACAAUUAGAGAGACAUUUCAGAAUGUCCUGCAGGGCUGGUGCAAUGUAAUUCAACCACUUCUGAAGAAUAUUUAACUAUCAACCUGUCCAUGUGGAAGUAGUAAAAUCAGACCAAUCCCUUGCCGUGUCACUUAAUGAUUCUUGCCAUCUGUCAUUCAUCAGGUUUUUUAUCCAGUUUUUGUGGGAACGGAGUUAAGAGAUUGGGAAUGUAUCAUCCAUUGUCUAUCACAAUGCUUACUAGGAUAUUGACAAUGAAAGAGAAACCAAUAAAUGCUUAUGUAAUACCUC